AUGUCAAUGGCCGCUCGCCUCCGUUACUUUAUUAACAGCCCUACAGGACCCAAGACGACGCACUUUUGGGGACCAGUUGCCAAUUGGGGCUUUGUGCUUGCUGCGAUGGCGGACAUGAAGAAACCCGCUGAUGUGAUUUCCAUCAAUAUGACGUCGGCUCUAUCGAUCUACAGUCUGAUCUUCAUGCGGUUCGCAUGGAUGGUCAAGCCUCGUAACUACCUCCUCCUUGCGUGUCACGCCUCCAAUGAAACGGCGCAGCUGUACCAACUACAGCGUGGCUUACGCUUCCGGGCUAGUAAGAAGGCUGAAGAGAAGCAGAUGUAA